AUGGAGAUCAAGGGUGAGCUGGACCUUGAUGGACCACCAAAUGCCGUGUCGAAAGAAGUGGAUGUGUCCACAAAUCCUGCGGGUGAAGCCUUUCCUGUGCGUGACCUGGAGCUUCUGCAGGCGGUGAGCUUUGAAAACAGCUACAUGGAUGUCAUGGACACUCUUGGCUACGAUGCUAACCAGGCACUUGAUGAGACUGACCCUAUGUUUGACAUAUCACCUUCCAAUGUUGGUGAGACAGGGGCUGGGACAGAGUCUAUGCUUGACGAACCAACCAGUGAUGCUCCUAUGACUGGGGUUGACAAAUCCUCUGUGUCUGUUGUGGGCAGUGGGAUUGGACCUGUGCCUGACGUGCCUGACGAACCAACUUGCGAUGCUGCUAUGACUGGGCCUGGCAAAUCCUCUGUGACUGGACCUGUGCCUGACAUAUCACCUUCCAAUGUUGGUGAGACAGUGGCUGUGAUGGAGUCUAUGCCUGAGGAACCAACCUGUGAUGCUCCUAUGUCUGGGGUUGGGCAGGGGCCGAACAAAUCCUCCGUGCCUGUUGUGGGCAGUGGGAUUGGACCUGUGCCUGACCAGUCUCCUUGCGAUGUUCCUGACACAUCCCCCUGCGAUGCUGGUGCCACACCUCAUGCUGAGACUAUGCCUGAGGAAUCAGUUGACAAGUCUUGGGUCACCAACCCAUACUCUGAAAUGGUGCCUAUGGUUGACAAGUUGACAGGAAAGAUCGUGUAUCGGUUGCCAGACCUGCUGGACAACCAGUCCACGUGCGCAGAGCCUCCGUCGCCAAAACCUGCAGAGAUUCCCAACAAGCAAAAGAAAAGAAGCAAACCUGAACAUGGCUUUGCUUGCCCACCCUCCAUUGACCCAGCUGUGGCAUGCGCAGCGAAAGCAAGUCUCCCGGCGACACAGGAGUUCAACUUGGAGCACCAACGGGACUUGAAGCGAAGAGUCGAGCAGGAAGCCAAGUUGAAACUGGAAGAGAAAAAACAGAAAACAAUGGAGAAGCAGCAGGAAGCAAGCCAGGUGGCCGUUGAGAAAGCCAAGGCAAAGUUACAGAAAGCCCUGGCCAAAGCCGAAGCUUUGGCCAAAAAAGAUCCAGUGCGGCGCAGACUUGACCCUAGCUUCCAGAAUGUUGCUGGUGCAAGUGCAGGUGUGCCUGAACCUCCAGCCAGCCCACCAGCCAAAGCACCCAGCACCAGAGCAAAGAAUGCAGAUGCAUUGGUGAAGCUGUCACCAAAGGCUUCCCAGUUUGCAAAAGCAAGCGUUCCUUCCCCAGGCCAUGUGAGAAAGCAAAGAAGUGAUUCUAGGAUGAGGAUUGCCAUGGAUCAGUUUGCCCACCUGCGGGUUUUGGCCCUGCCUGACCUUGAGCUUCCCAGUGGAGAAACGUUUGACAAGAAGAUACUUGCAUGCAUAAUGUUUUCACCUGUAUGCAUGCAUAUAUGCCUGUGUGUGUGUUGUUCAUUGGCAUGUCAAUAUACUGUAGAUUUUCUAACAUACCAAUAUAGAUUUUCUAACACACCUGCCCCAGCAACUGAGGAGCUUCACUGUGAAGUGCAUGAAUGA